UCCAGGUUCCUGUGUUUAUUUCUCGACGGGACCGUUGGAAGGCAUUAAAACAACUGCGGUUCACCUCGACUCUCAUAUGCGGUCUCCAAAACCAAGACGACGGUGCUGCAUCUGUCCUACUGAGUGCCAUGGCUAGAAAGACGGACAUCCCCACCUCUUACUAUGGUGAGCCUCGCAAGUUUGACCCAAACUUCAGAGGGCCUGUUCAUAACAGGAGCUGCACUGAUGUGGUAUGCUGUGUUAUCUUCGUCAUUGUCAUCCUCGGCUACAUCGCUCUGGGUACCGUGGCCUGGAUCCACGGCGAUCCCAGGAAGGUCGUCUAUCCAACUGACAGCCACGGUCAGUUCUGUGGCCAGAAGAACUCUCCCAAUGCAAACAAAGCCAUAUUAUUCUACUUCAACAUGUUGAAAUGUGCCAAUCCUGCAGUUUUAAUUAACCUCCAGUGCCCUACAACCCAGCUCUGUGUCUCCAAGUGCCCUGACAGAUUUGCCACUCUCCUGGAUGCGUGGAAUACCAAAAACUGGGAAUAUUACAAGCAAUUCUGCAAGCCGGGCUUCGAGAUUGGCAGUAAGUCAGCUGCAGAAGUCAUACGGAAUGAAGACUGCCCAUCUAUGAUUGUGCCAAGCAGACCUUUCCUUCAGCGGUGCUUCCCUGAUUUCAUUACAAGAAAUGGAACUCUAACUGUAGCCAAUCAGACCAUCUUCAAAGAUGGUGAGAACAACAAGAGAAGUGUCAGCGACCUCAAAGAUGCUGCCAAAGGUAUCGCCAGUCUGCUCAGUGCCAAAGAAGUUGGCAUGAAGAUCUUUGAGGAUUAUGCAAAUUCCUGGUACUGGAUCCUCAUUGGUCUGGUGAUAACCAUGGCAGUCAGUCUGCUCUUUAUCCUUCUGCUGCGCUACACUGCUGGUGGGCUCCUGUGGCUCGUUGUCUAUGGUGUCAUCGCUGCUGUCGGCUACGGUAUCUGGCACUGCUACUGGGAGUACAGUACUCUGACUGGGAAGCCAGGUGCUAAUGUCACCAUCUCUGAUAUCGGCUUUCACACAGACUUCAGCAUUUACCUUCAGCUCAGCCAGACGUGGCUCAUCUUCAUGAUCUCACUGUCAGUGACUGAGGCCAUCAUUGUGAUUAUGCUGAUAUUCCUGAGGACGAGAUUGCGCAUUGCUGUUGCAUUGCUGAAGGAAGGAAGCAAGGCCAUCAGCUACAUCAUGUCCACUCUCUUCUACCCUAUCAUCACCUUUUUUCUUCUGGCCAUCUGCAUCGCUUACUGGGCUGUUACAGCAGUCUUCUUAGCAUCAUCUGGUAAUGCGGUCUACAAGGUCACACCUGCUGAUGAUAAAUGCAUGUAUGCCAACCUCACAUGCAAUCCAAAGACCUUCAGUCAGACCAACAUCACCAAAGUGUGCCCCGGGUCACAAUGCAUGUUUGCCUUCUAUGGUGGGGAGAGUGUGUACCACCGCUACAUCUUAGUCCUCCAUUUGUGUAACCUGUUCGUGUUCCUCUGGCUGGUCAACUUUACCAUUGCCUUGGGCCAGUGUACCCUGGCUGGGGCCUUCGCUUCCUACUAUUGGGCCCUGAAGAAGCCAAACGACAUCCCCGCCUGCCCCCUGUAUUCCUCAUUUAGCAGAGCCAUACGUUAUCACACAGGUUCCCUCGCCUUCGGUUCUCUGAUCAUCGCCAUUGUGCAGAUGGUCCGAAUUGUUCUUGAGUACCUGGAUCACAAACUGAAAGGUUCUCAGAAUGCCUGCGCCCGAUACCUGCUUUGCUGCCUCAAAUGCUGCUUCUGGUGCCUGGAACAUUUCAUCAAGUUUAUUAACAGAAAUGCAUACAUUAUGAUAGCAAUAUAUGGUAAGAAUUUCUGCACCUCUUCCAAGGACGCUUUCUUCCUCUUGAUGAGGAAUGUUAUUCGGGUGGCUGUCCUGGACAAGGUGACAGACUUUCUGCUCUUCUUGGGAAAGGUGCUUAUUUCAGGAAGUGUCGGUGUUCUUGCAUUUUUCUUCUUCACACAUAAGAUACCAGCCAUUCAAGAGGAGGUGCUGUCCCUAAAUUACUACUGGGUUCCCCUUCUGACGGUGAUAUUUGGAUCUUACAUGAUUGCACAUGGCUUUUUUAACGUCUAUGCCAUGUGUGUGGACACAUUGUUCCUGUGCUUUUUGUGGGAUCUGGAGGUAAACGACGGCUCUCCUGACCGGCCCUUCUACAUGAGCAAAACCUUGAAGCGCAUCCUCAACAAGAAGAACAUCCUGAGAAAGAAACAAGAAGACAGGUGAGGGAAGGAGAAAGACCGGAGGUCAUUUACCAGAGCGUGGUACAAGCCCAUGUGGCAAUAAGCAUUUUCCCAAAUGUAAAUUAAGUGUACAAGAGUUGCACCUGUACACUAUAAUGAACAAACUUUAGAUAAGCAGCUCUAAUAAUUUGAUUCACCUGCACACUUAUAAGUUAUGGAUUUGUUAGUUCUUUGGCAUUUUUAUCUUACUCCAGGAGUCUAAAAAAGUCUUAUAUUUUGGAUGGUUUACAAAGUCUUGUACAAAGUUCUUGUAAAUAUAUUUUUUUUAAUUUAUAAUGGAAAUAUUGUUUUGCAGCAGGUUUUUACACAGAAUUCUUCACACAGCCACAUACUAUACAGUAAGUUCCUAUUGGAACAAAUGAUUUCUUUCUUUAUUGAGGUUGUGGCAAACCUCAUCUGUUUUUAUUCUGAUCUCUUGUAGUUGCCAGUUUUCACCACUUAGUGGUGCCAGUCAUUAUUAGAUGUCUUAGGUGUUCUGUGUUCCCAUGCAGUGGUCUAAUGUCAGCUCAUCUGUGUGUUAUUGCCACAGUUUUUAAUCUCAGUGUCUCAUAUUGAGAAAAAUGUUCAGCAACUGUUUUCAUGUUUAACUGUCAAGGACACAAUUCAAAAGCAGUUCAUAAGACUUCAUUCUUAAGGGCCUUUUUCUAAUAAUUGCCACAUUGAGUAUCUAAUUGCAUCUUUAAGCUACAUAGUUUAUUGGAGAUGUUUUUCUAAGAUUUUUGAAGAACUUCUUAAUGGGACAGUCAGCAGCUUUGUCUUUUCCAAAUGUUUGGGGAAAAAACAAAAGGUGAAGUAGAAGGAUUUGUAGAAGCAACAUGUUCUUCUAAGCAGCAAAAAAAAACACAGAACCUAUACCGAUUACUCAAGUGCUGUUUCUCUGCUUUUUAACCUGCUGCUGAUACGGGCCCAUUUGUGACUCAGAGGGCAACGCACGCAACCCAUUACAAUGAUUACAACCAUCACAAUGUGUGUAAUGUGGUGAUUGGCUGCUCUUAAAGUGAUACUUGCCAAAAAUGUAUCUCAUUAGUUUUAGAGCGUCACCUCCCGCAGGUUUGAAACGUGGCUUUUAAACAUGAUUUCCUUUAUUGCAAUACUAAUAAAUUUACAAAUUUAUCAAACAUCCUCAGACACUAUUCAAACCACAGGUCCAGUUAUCUACUGUCCAUCUUUAUGCUCUGAAUGUUUCAACCACUAAAAUCUGCCUAUAUAUGAGACUUUUGCUUUUUUUUUUUUUUUUUUUUUUUUUUAACUCAUGUCACAUGUGACAAAUAACAACAACAGUCCACAAACAUACAACCGACUGCAUGAGCUAUACUAUAUAUUUCAUUGGUUGCUCUUUUAAGUGUUUGCUUAAAUUAGGCAUCAGCAUACGGUUUAGUGACACAACUUGAUGUGAAGUUCAGUUUGCAUGAUUAUAUUUCUCAUGAGCCAGUCAUGUGAAAGAUGCAGUAGUGUGGGUUUGUCUGGUUGAUGGAACAUUUGAUUAGUUGAUGAAAUCCCGUGAGGUGACACUGAAGUUGAUUUUUUUUGUUUGUUAGUUUUUUGUCUUGGAGACAGAAUCUAAUAUAUCCUUGAUGGAUUUCUUUGCAAAAUGAGAUUUGUGCAGUUUGGGUGUUAGCUGAUUGUAAAGCUGCUAACUGAUGAAAUAAACAGGUGACAUAGCUCUUGGCAGAGUCACACACUGUGUCCUCCUAUUCUACAGACGUUAAACCAUUGAUGAGGUUGUCUGUUUUUUGUUUUUGUUUUCCAAAAUGGAUUUAUGCGUCACUUUAAAUGAUAAUAACUUUUAGAUUUUGGAGAUGUGACUCGUGUUUGAGAUUCUUUGUGUCGUGUUUGAUCCUACCCUCACGGUGCCUCAGAGUGACAGCACUGCCAGACUUAAACACUUUCUGCCCCCGAUUGAGCUGAACAUGCUGGGACAUGUACAACGUUAACCAUUCAAUGAAAGCAAAACAACUCUGCUUGUGUAUCUGGAAAGAGAGAAAUGAUGCAUGUAGUGCUCAGUGUGGCAUAUUACGCAUAUGGCAUUUUGUUAUUCCUUUUUUAUAUACUGAAAGUCUACCCGUUGAAUUUUGUAUCUUUUUGUGCAUACAGCUCAGGUCGGGUUUCAUUCCCAUGAGGGCGAAUACCUAAGAUCUGAUAAGUAAAAACUGUGCUGUUUUUUUUUUUUUUUUUUUUUUUUUUUUUUAUAUGCUUCUUCCUCCCUCCCAUGUCUGGAAAUUAGAUUCUUUUGGUCAACCACAGUCAACAAGUACACACAAGUAAAACUGCUCUCUUUGUUAGAAUAGGCGUCAGUUUUCUUGCUGCAAACUCUUAAAAGUCAAACUCUGAAGAUGCAGUGCUCUAGCCUGUCAAUCUUAAGAAAAAUUAGCUAUACUGUAAAAUUGUUUUAUUUAUUGCCUUUGUCAUAUAUUUAUUUAUAAGGUAAAAGUUGCAUGUAUUUUUUUAACAGAAUAUAU